GUUUGGAAGCCCCUGGUUUUCCAUCUGAAAAGUACACAAAACCAUACUCUCGAUACAUACACAUUACAUACAUACCUACAUACAUAAAUACAUACAUAACUACAUACAUACAAGCAUACUCCCAAUAGACAAACGCAUUCAAUCCUUCAAAUACAUGUUUGUUUUAUAUGAUAAUUACAAAAUAGGUGAGGAUAGAUAACACCAAAUUUACUGUGCCUGUUAAAAAUAGUUGAUCUCAGUCUCAGCUCGCCCCUUUUAAUUCCGAGAUUAAAAAAGGAAAAGAAAUCGAUCGAUUUUUUUUCCCAUCGGAAAUUGGUGAGGCAAAUGAGGAUUAGCGGGUCGAAGUCGAGUGAUGAAUCGAAGAAAAGCAAGAGGAAGCAGAAGAAGUGGUCUCCGGUUCAGAGACUUUACGAUACCUGUAAGGAAGUGUUUGCCGAUUCUGGACCGGGAAUCAUCCCCUCGCCCGAAAAGGUUCAAAAACUUGCUGCUGUUUUGGAUGGUAUGACUCAAGAGGACGUGGGCCUGAGUCCAAACAUGCCUUUUUUCAGCAGCAAACGAGCUCCGACCAUAUCAUAUAUGCAUCUCCAUGAGUGUGACCAAUUCUCGAUUGGAAUCUUCUGUUUGCCCCCAACAAGUGUCAUUCCACUUCAUAAUCAUCCUGGAAUGACAGUUUUCGGCAAGCUUCUAUUUGGAACAAUGCAUAUCAAGGCUUAUGACUGGUUUAAUGGCGCCUCUGUCAAUACUAGCGCACUAAACAAUGGAUUACGCAUGGCGAAGCUGAAGGUCGACUCGAACUUCACUGCACCUUGUCGGACUUCAAUUCUUUAUCCAGCUGAUGGUGGCAACAUGCAUUGCUUUACGGCUAAGACGGCAUGUGCCGUUUUAGAUGUGCUUGGCCCUCCAUACUGUGAUCCUGAUGGUCGACAUUGCCAGUAUUACUUUGACUACCCUUUCUCCAAAUUCCCAGUUGAAGGGCUAUUGCUGGAUGAUGAAGAUCCUAAUGGGUGUGCUUGGCUCAAGGAGAGAGACAAACCUGAAGAGUUAUGCGUGAUUGGGGUUCCUUACAAUGGACCCAAGAUAAUAAAGAAGUGAUUUAUAAAGGAAAAAGAAAAAUGCUGCUUCAAAUGCAGUAUAGAUCCCUUGUGCUUGUUUUGCAUAUUUGUUUGUCUUUCUUGAAGAAAAAAAGGCAGUUUUUUGUACGUCUCAUGUAAGUAGUCUGAAAGAACUGAACAUAAAAUAAACUACAGUUUCUUUGUUCAUGGUGAUAUGUACCCGUGUAGUUGAUAUGCAUUUGAGUCUCUUUUUACCACUAAAGAAACUUGGCAUUUCCUGUUUCAGAUCAUAUAAAUACCAAUUAAACUGAAGGUGUGUCUCAGUAGUGAUCUGAGGUGAUCUUUUACGCCUAAAUGUGAUCUUGUGUCUGAUGCUACAGUGCACUUUUGCGCUAGCUGCUUUGAUCAAAUGCAGAGAUUUCAACUGCAAUGUACAUUCAAUUAUGAAUA